AAGUUUCUGGUGUCACUUAUGAAACACGGGUCCUUGUUGUUGUAGAGAAGCAGUUGUUUUGCUGGAAGGAGGGAGCUUGCGGCUGCCCCUGCCCCUCCCUGCAGCCCCCUCUCAGCAGAAGUUCCCGGUCCCAGGCGGCCUGUCUGUGACAGGGGGGCACAGGCGUGCAAAUUGGAGGUGGGGAGGAACCCGGCCAGCCCUUCCUCCAGCAUCCAAGCCCUCCCGUGGCGCCCUUGGCCCGGCAGACUCCAGGGCUCACUUGGUCCUCUGCUGGCGUGUGAUUCCAGCUCAGAAGAGGCUCGGCUGGACUAAGAAGAAGCGAGUUUGCAGGCGGCGUGAUGCGGGAGCUGCAUCUGCUCUGCUGGGCGGCUCUCCUGGGCCUGGUGCAGGCCUGUCCUGAGCCCUGCGACUGCGGGGAGAAGUAUGGCUUCCAGAUCGCUGACUGCGCCUACCGCGACCUGGAGGCCGUGCCGCCUGGCUUCCCCGCCAAUGUGACUACGUUGAGCCUGUCAGCCAACCGGUUGCCAGGUUUGCCAGAGGGCGCCUUCAGGGAGGUGCCCCUGCUGCAGUCACUGUGGCUGGCGCACAAUGAGAUCCGCACGGUGGCCGCUGGCGCCCUGGCGCCUCUGGGCCAUCUCAAGAGCCUGGACCUCAGCCACAACCUCAUCUCUGACUUUGCCUGGAGCGACCUGCACAACCUCAGUGCCCUCCAGUUGCUCAAGAUGGACAGCAACGAGCUGACCUUCAUCCCCCGAGACGCCUUCCGCAGCCUCCACGCCCUGCGCUCGCUGCAACUCAACCACAACCGCCUGCACACGCUGGCCGAGGGCACCUUCGCCCCGCUCACUGCGCUGUCCCACCUGCAAAUCAAUGACAACCCCUUCGACUGUACCUGCGGUAUCGUGUGGCUGAAGACGUGGGCUUUGUCCACGGCUGUGUCCAUCCCCGAGCAGGACAACAUCGCCUGCACGUCACCCCACGUGCUCAAGGGCACACCACUGAGCCGCCUGCCACCGCUGCCCUGCUCAGCGCCCUCGGUGCAGCUCAGCUACCAGCCCAGCCAGGAUGGGGCCGAGCUGCGGCCUGGCUUCGUGCUGGCGCUGCACUGUGACGUGGACGGGCAGCCGGCCCCCCAGCUUCACUGGCACAUCCAGACGCCCGGUGGCACCGUGGAGAUCGCCAGCCCCAAUGUGGGCACUGACGGGCGUGCCCUGCCUGGCACCCUGGCGGCCAGCGGCCGGCCGCGCUUCCAGGCCUUUGCCAACGGCAGCCUGCUCAUCCCCGACUUCGGCAAGCUGGAGGAAGGCACCUACAGCUGCCUGGCCACCAACGAGCUGGGCAGUGCUGAGAGCUCAGUGGACGUGGCGCUGGCCACACCUGGAGAGGGCGGUGAGGACACACUGGGGCGCAGAUUCCAUGGCAAAGCCGCUGAGGGCAAGGGCUGCUACACCGUUGACAAUGAGGUGCAGCCAUCAGGGCCAGAGGACAAUGUGGUUAUCAUCUACCUCAGCCGGGCUGGGAGCCCUGAGGCUGCAGUGGCCGGAGAAGGGGCCCCUGGGCAGCGGCUCCCAGGCCUGCUCCUGCUGGGCCAGAGCCUCCUCCUCCUCCUCUUCCUCACCUCCCUUUAGCCUCACCCUGACCCUAGGCUGGAGCAGCCCCAGGCUUCCCUAACUCCACCCCCUGCCAUGGCCCCCCGGUGAGCGCUGCAGGGGUCUGGGGUUGGCAGCUCCUGAGGCCUGCCUGGGUGACUUUGCAUUUUCCUACCUCCCCUCUAAUCUCUUCGAGAACACCCACCACCCCCAACUUCUAGGCCUGCUCCAAGCUAGUGACUAGGAUAGCAUUUGAUCCCCUAACUCGCUGUCUGUGGAGCUGUUGCUGCUAACAGCAUUGCCCAUGCUCCCCGUCAGGGCAGCGUGCUCACAGGGCCAUGCCCUCGCCCGAGCCUAGCGGUGGGGGUCCAGGCUCUGUGACCGACAAGCCCGGCAAGGGCCAGGCGGGCUGGGGCUAGGAGGCAGCCUGAAGCACACAGGGCACAGGAAGACAGGAUGUAGGGCAGUGGCUGGCGUGGCCCUGAGUCUCUCCAUGACCUGCUCACGCUCCUCCUGCCCUCUGGCCCUCCUGCCCCUUGGGGGCUCUGGAGUCUGUCUGUCCUCAUCUCAGACUGAGCUGGGGGAUCUAGGAUGGGCCUUCCCCCCAAACUGCCUUCUUCACCCUGGGCACCUGCCCUCCUUUCUCCCCAAGCGUGCGUCUGUAACCUGCCUGUCCAGAGAGGCUGGCCGGCCUUGGGAUGGCAGAGAAAUAAACAGCAUUUC